UCCCCGAGCGGUGACACCGAGCCCGGCGGCGACAGCGACAGCGACAGCACAGCGGGGACAGGGACAGGGAAGGGUCCGGAGGGACACGGGACAGGACAGGGCAGAGGGAGGUGCGGGGCAUCCCCGGAGCCCCGGGCCGCGAAGGAGCAGCCGGGCUGUCCCCGGACCCUCCUUUGGGACAGGACCGGGACCCCGCUGCCUCAGCCAUGGGGCAGCCACCCCGGCCCCGCUCGCUGCUGCUGCUGCUGCUGCUGCUGCUGCUGCCCAUGCUCCAGGUGCAGGGGACUCAUCCCGACUGCUCCGUCGUGCUCCACUUCCAGCAGCUGGAGGAGGAAUGUCUGCAGAGGAUCCGGAGCGAGAGCCCCAGCUCGGGGCAGGCAGGGCAGGGCUGCCCCACCGAGUGGGACGGGCUCAGCUGCUGGCCAGCCCUGCCCCUGGGCCACUCCCGAGCUGUCGCCUGCCCCGAGAUCCUGAGCGUCUUCAAGAAGUCCAAAGGGCUGAUCCAGAGGAACUGCACCGAGUGGGGCUGGAGCCCCCCCAGCCCCCCCUACCACAGCGCCUGCCAGCUGGAGAUGCUGGGCAGCAGCAAUGACACCGAGGCCAAGAGAGGCCACUUUGUCACCAUGAAGGUGCUCUACACCUGCGGCUACUCCACGUCGCUGGCAGCGCUGCUCCUGGCCAUCGGCAUCUUCUGCUGCUUCAGGAAGCUGCACUGCACCAGGAAUUCCAUCCACAUCCACUUCUUCACCUCCUUCAUCCUGCGGGGCACGGCCGUGUUCAUCAAGGACAGGGUCCUCUUCUCGGAUGAGUCCAUCGACCACUGCACAAUGUCCACGGUGACCUGCAAGGCAGCCAUCACCUUCUUCCAGUACUCAGUGCUGGCCAACUUCUACUGGCUGCUGGUGGAGGGGCUGUACCUGCAGACGCUGCUGCUGCUCACCUUCACCUGCGACAGGAGCUACACCUGGGGCUACGUCCUCAUGGGCUGGGGUGUCCCCAUGGUCACAGUCGGGGUGUGGGUGCUCACCAGGCUCCAGUAUGACAACCACGGGUGCUGGGAUGACUACUCCAGUGUGUACUGGUGGGUGAUCAAGGCUCCCAUCCUCCUGGCCAUAUUUGUGAACUUCCUCAUCUUCCUCAACGUCACCAGGAUGUUGGCACAGAAGAUCCGCUGCCCGGACCUCAGCAGAACCCACAAGCAGCAGUACAUGAGGCUGACCAAGUCCACGCUGCUGCUCAUCCCCCUCUUUGGGGUGCACUACGUGGUGUUCGCGCUCUUCCCCGAGCACGUGGGCGUGGAUGCCCGGCUCUACUUCGAGCUGGUGCUGGGCUCCUACCAGGGCUUCCUGGUGGCUCUGCUCUAUUGUUUCCUCAAUGGGGAGGUCCAGGCUGAGAUCAGGAGGAACUGGGGCACGUGGCAAAGGUCCAUGGAGAGCAACGUCUUCAACCUGGCCACCCAGGACUUCACGGCGUGAGCAGGACAGGAGAGGGGCUGCUGGAGGAGCAGCUCCAGGGCUGCAGCACCAGAAAGACUCAAUCCCUUGUGAUUUUGGAGGUUCUGGGUCUGAUACCCUCAGAGGGAACAACCAGAAAGACCCAAACCCCACUCUGAUUUUGGGGGGUGUUGGGAACAACCAGAAAGACCCAACCCCUACUGAUUUUGGAGGUUAUGGGUCUGACACCUUCAGAGGGUGUUGGGAACAAUCAGAAAAACCCAACCCCCUCUGAUUUUGGGGGUUCUGAGUCUGACACCCUCAAAGGGAACAACCAGAAAGACCCAACCCUUUCUAAUUUUGGAGGUUGUGAGUCUGACAACCUCAGAAGGUGUUGGGAACAACCAGAAAGACCCAACCCUGCCCCAAUUUUGGACGUUCUGGGUCUGACAUCCUCAGAGGGAACUACCAGAAAGACCCAAUCCCUUCUGAUUUUGGGGGUUCUGAGUCUGACAGUCUCAGAGGAAACAACCAGAAAGACCCAAACCCCCCCAAUUUUGGAAGUUCUGGGUCUCACACUCUCAAAGGGAACAAGCAGAAAGACCCAAACCCCUCUGAUUUUGGGGGUUCUGGGUCUGACACCCUCAAAGGGAACAACCAUAAAGACCCAACCCCUUGUGAUUUUGGAAGCUCUGACUCUGAUACCCUCAGAAGGUGUUGGGAACAACCAGAAAGACCCAACUCCCCUGAUUUUGGGAGUUCUGGGUCUGCCACCCUCAGAGGGUGUUGGGAACAACCAUGCGAGAGGCUCUGCAUGCUCGGUGCUGGUGGAUCCUGCACCCUGUGGUAGCACCUCACCCCCAGAGCUCUCACUGCUUUGGGGCAGAGUUCCAGGCAAAGAGAAGGGAAAUUCUGCACUUUUCUGCCUGAAACUGGGAAGGAAACACAGAAAUCCUUCACCCAAGGACAGCUGGUGGGUUUUGUCUGCACUGAAGGAAAAGGAGCAGCGCCGAUACUGAAGGGAUUCACUGAUGGAUGUUUUCCCCUUUCCUUGGUUUACAAAUCAUUUCCUGCGUGGGAAGAUUCCCAAAAAGAACCAGGAGCCCCCUGGGGAUGGGGGGAGGACACAGAGAGAGGCAAAACCCCAAACCUCUACAAGAGACCCCCGCAAAUGGCCUCUGGACCCUGUUCCUCCCCAUUCCCAAAAUUCUUCCCUUUCUCCCAUGGGGUUUGAGUGAGCUGGAGAUGUUCCCGUGCCAGGAGAGCUCUCCCAGCCCUUUGCUCUGAGGAAUGGGACUCACCUGGCAUC